CGUACCUCCCGGUUCGAUGGGAGAAGUUUCGCGUCUUGAACCUGUACCCGUGUCGACGUACCUUCGAUCAUGCUUUCCGAGGUUGACGUUUUUAUAAGCAAUUACACCCUCGUCGAUCCAGAGGUUUAUCAGCUUUGGGUAGAUGGAUACUCGUCCAGCGAUGCCGUCAAUAUCUUACACCAAAGAGGAAUUUGUUAUCAGACGAAUGCUCCGAUCGAAUUGGUUGCUUCCGACGUUUUGGACCACUAUCGUACUUAUUGCCUUUUGGAGAGAUUGCUCCAAGCUCCGACGAAGCUAGCGAGCGAACAGCUAUCGUUUCAGAUAGAACCACAGACGGCUCGUAUGCUCAUCGAAAUGUAUUACGAGUUCGAUGACUCGGUCGUGCGAGAAUUACUCGGUAAGAAGCUGACUUCGAAAAGCAGAAAGGAUUUGGACGAAGUAGCCGAGAAAACCGGCGUGACUUUGAAGAGCUGUCGCAGGCAGUACGAUAAUGUCAAGAGAAUCUUUAAGGUCGUCGAAGAUUUACCAGGUUCUUUGGUCACCAACAUCGGACAACAUUUCCUUCUGCCCGAAGACUUAGCCAAGAGAUAUGCCGCGGUAGUGUUCAUAGCGUGUCUUCGAUUUGAAAUGAAUAAAAGGAAGUUGCAGUUUUUAACGUUUCCUGAUCUGUACCAUUGCGCGUACAGUAUGAUGUCUUCGUGGACUUACCGCUAUACCGGGUCGGAAUAUUUUGAUACAGAUUUAGAUAGAGAAUUUUUAUUGGAACUGCCCGAAUGCAAAAUAUUAUUGGAGAACGAUAAACAUCAUAAACACUUGGUCUGCAUAAAAUUAAAGCCUACGCUCCUGGAACGUUCGUAUCAAGAAUUGGAUGUGAAUUUUCGAUCCUACUCGCGAGCAAUUCUGGGAAUAGGUUGUAAUUUGCAUCGAUCGAGAGAACUCAGAUUCUUUUUCUUGGAACUGGUGGAGCGGUGUAUCGAACCUUGGCGCCAAGUAAAUUGGUCCCAUGCCGACCUUCGAAACUUCUUGGCAGCCUAUACUCAGUGCGCACUAGACAUGGAUGUACUUAGGUGCUCUUCAUUUUCCAUUUUCAGAGAAGGUGAUUUACGAGACGUAUUUGAACGUUACAUGAAAGUAGUCACGAGUUGUCUUCUACGCAUGUAUCAUACGUGAUUUACCGUCAAAUUGGAAGCAUGGAACCAGUUAUAACGCAAAUCACUGGGACCCAGAGAAUGACUUGAUAAAUGUAUCACGAUUUAUUCGCCCCCCUUUAUAAAUAAUUAAUAAGCAAAUGCAGUGGUGACAUGCUAUCGAUAUUAAGUGAAUUUGGCACGACUUAAUUGUUAAAAAAGAAACAACCUGGAGAUAUAAAGAAAAAUAGGUAAACCAUGGUUAGAAACCGAAUCCCGUAAACCUGUGGGAACUAUGUUAGAAUUGAUUAAUUCAAAUCAAUUAACGACGAUGCAGAGAAUAAAUAACAUUUGACCCUCGAA